AUGUUUGCAGGAUUUAUUUCAAUGGACAGACUCUGCCUGGGAAACAUUUGUCGUUCUCCAAUAGCUGAAGCAGUUUUUAGAAAACUUGUAACUGAUGAAAAAGUUGAAAAUAAGUGGAGGAUAGACAGUGCAGCGACAUCUACCUAUGAAAUAGGAAGCCCUCCUGACUAUCGAGGACAGACUUGCAUGAAGAAGCAUGGCAUUACCAUGAAUCAUAUUGCCAGGCAGGUUACUAAAGAUGAUUUCCAGACCUUUGAUUAUAUACUUUGUAUGGAUGAGAGCAAUCUAAGAGAUCUGAAAAGGAAAAGCAACCAAGUUAAAGACUGCAAGGCCAAAAUUGAACUACUUGGAACUUAUGAUCCACAGAAACAACUUAUCAUUGAAGAUCCAUACUAUGGGAAUGAAAAGGACUUUGAAACUGUUUACGAGCAGUGUGUUAGAUGCUGUAAAGCAUUUUUGGAGAAGUCUCAUUAAUGCUUCAUCGUCUUUUUUCUAAAAGAAAAUAAUUAGCUUCUCCUGAAAUAUGUAAGAUUUACUUGUUCAAUGUAUUUAAAUUGUAAAAUUACGCCUCAAUAGGUUCAAAACUUUUCCAGUUUAAUUUUAUAGUUUAGCUUUUCUGUCAUCUAAUUAAAAUAUUUAGAAGAGUUUUAAUCGGAUUAGAUGAUCAACCGUUUUGUCACACAUCAAUGUAAUAAUGAAGUAUAGAAUUCAGAAUAAAUUUAUCUGUAAACUCUUCCAGUGCUUUCUCACAAGCACU